GCUGAGGACCGCCGCACCGGCGUUUGCUGAGGCGCUCGGGAUGGGCCGCUCCCGCUCGCGGAGCUCGUCCCACUCCAAGCGCGUCAAGAGCUCCAAGCACAACAAGAAGAACCGGAGCCGAUCUCGGUCCCGUUCGCGGGAGAAAGAGCGGGCCCGCAAGCGCUCCAAGUCGCGGGAGGGCAAACGGAGUCGCCGGCGGGAGUCCCGCUCCAGGUCCCGCUCCAACACUGCGCCCUCCCGCCGCGAGCGAGAGCGCGAGCGGGAGCGCGCCUCCUCCCCGCCCGACCGCAUCGACAUCUUCGGCCGGACGGUCAGCAAGCGAAGCAGCCUGGACGAGAAGCAGAAGCGGGAGGAGGAGGAAAAAAAGGCCGAGUUCGAGCGGCAGCGGAAAAUUCGGCAACAAGAAAUAGAAGAGAAACUUAUUGAAGAAGAGACCGCCAGAAGAGUGGAGGAGCUUGUAGCAAAGCGAGUGGAGGAAGAACUGGAGAAGCGGAAAGAUGAAAUUGAGCGGGAAGUUCUCCGCAGGGUGGAGGAGGCUAAGCGCAUCAUGGAAAAACAGUUGCUCGAAGAACUCGAGCGACAGCGACAAGCUGAACUUGCUGCACAAAAGGCCAGAGAGGAGGAAGAGCGUGCAAAGCGUGAGGAACUUGAACGAAUACUAGAAGAGAAUAACAGAAAAAUUGCAGAAGCACAAGCUAAAUUGGCUGAAGAACAAUUGAAAAUUGUAGAAGAACAAAGAAAAAUUCACGAAGAGAGGAUGAAACUAGAACAAGAAAGACAACGUCAACAAAAGGAAGAACAAAAAAUGAUCCUAGGCAAGGGAAAAACUAGGCCAAAACUGUCCUUCUCACUAAAGACUCAGGAUUAAAUUUCAGCUCCGAACUCUUAAUGAAAAUUGGGAAAAAAAAUCUUUGUAUAGUAGCUUCAUGUUGAAGUGGGUUUUUUUUAAUUUUCUUUGGUGAUUUUUUUUUCUUUUUGGACAUCUGAAAAGUUAGCUUGUUCUAAUAGGGGCUGUGCUCUGCAUCUCUUAUUUUAACGUCUGUUAAGUUAAAUCCUUAUCAGAUCAUUGUCUUAAAGAAUAAAUUUAUUCUUAUCUGUUUUGAUUCUGUGAUAAAGUGGUUUGAUGCAGAUCAGGUCACUUUAUAAAUUAUGUAUGGUCUGAUAAGGUUUUUACUACCUGCUGAUCUCAGAGAUAUACUCUGAUGCUAACUAUUAAAGCUGGUUUUAUUUUGCUGACUUUAAAAAAAGUUUGGCAAAUAUAUUGGUAAAUUCCCACAGUGUACUGGAUCCUCAGUGGUUUGUUAUACCAGUGUCUUUUGAUACUACUCCACUAUUGUGCUUGAUGUUCCUGAUACAGGUAAGGAAAAAGUUGGUCAGUGUUGCUGGAGAUGUGUAAAGGGAGUUCAGUAUUGUCUCUACUAGAAUUGUUUUUAUUCCACUGAUAAAACUCAACCAGCAUUCCCAAUUGUGUAAAUAAACCAAUUUGCUGAAUAAAAUAAAAUCUUAAAUUCAUGUGUUUUAAGUAAAUUUUUUAGUGCAUGUAUAUUUUAUGCUAAUAAAACUUAUUUUCCCCAAAUCAGGCACACAUUGGAAUUAAGUUCACCAACAUUUUUCAUACUUUCAGAGCCAAGAUUGCACUACAGGUUGAAAUUAUUGUCCUGUUAAGUGGCUUUUGCUGGCUUAAUGAUGGUUUUUACACUGAUGGGGCACUUGUUUCAACUAUGGAUUUGCUGUCUUUUUGGCAAGGAUCUUGAUAGUUAGAUCUUAUUUCCUUACAUAAUAAAAUUGUGGACUUCAUAUUUGGCUCAGUUUCAAAACGAAUUGCCAUGGAGCGUUAUGGAGUUCUGUUUGAGGACAGCUUUGGUCUUAUAAUUAGUUUGAUAGGUUUCGGAUCCCCAGCCUGAACAUGAUGGGCAAGUAAAACUGGCCACAUAGUUUAAAAAACGGGCAUCAAACUCACUGUGUCAUGUCACGUGCCGCGACAGAUCACGACUU